AUGGCCCCACGAGCGAAAGCAAGCUCGAGCCAGGCCCCGCGAGGGCCGAAGCGUGCUAAGGGCAAACCCGACGAACCAUUUGAUUGGCGGGAGAAAGUGAUGGCCGACUUUCGAUUGUACACACGAUCUUCUGAGAAGCUGGCCCAGAAUAUGCAGGCGGAAAUGAUGGCGUCGUGCUGGCCCACGGCGUACAGGUUCCAAGAUGUUCCCGUCAAGAAAAUCGUGGAUGCCGUCAGAACCUUCCUCAGAUGGAGAUUCUCGUACCUUCGCUCCCCUUACCGCCAAAAAAUGUUCGAAAAUAUCAUGGCCGCUGUACCGGCUGAGUUUGCAUCGGAAGCUGUCUGGGAACCGCCGCCGCCGCCGCCGCCGCCGAAAAAGAGUAAAACACCGUUCACCCCGUUCUCUGAGCCCAGGACAAAACCCGGGGAACCGCCUAAAUCAGGCGAGUUUUUCUUCGACGCCUUUACACUGGCCGUGGGAUUCACUCCUCGUGAGACUACCCAACUGAAAAAAAGGAUCAUCGACUUCGAGGUCCUCGUAAAUACCGGGCAGUGUGCAGGGGGCUGUGAGCACGACUUCCCAGACACUCCCGCAUGCUUUGUCCGAGACUAUAUCAUGGGGUACAUCGACAGUGACCUUCCGGUGGGGACUGGGAACGAGGCUACUGCUCGGAGGAACGAGGUGAAGAAGGCGGUUUUUUCAGAUCUGACCCCUGCCGAGAUCGCCCAGUACUCUAUACUGCUGAAAAAAGAGAGAAACGCAGAGUACCGCGAGGACAGCCCGACGCCACCACCGUACGACGAAUUUGCGGUUCUACGCGACGUGGACGACACCCUCGAUCUCGCCCCGCGCACCGAGGCCAUCUACCGCUUCAAAGGCCCAGGUUACGGGCAAUAUUUUGUUCAUUCCGUGGUCCACCCUCCCAGGCACUGCAGCCACGGCACCCUCGAGUUCCUCCCUGUCGAGAACCCGGAGCGACUUAUUACCAUCCCAAGCGAGAUACACUACGACUGUGAUCAGAUCCGCGCCAUGAUCAAGAUUUUCUUCCUUGAACGCGACGAGGGUGAAGGGGGAUGGACAUUGGAGAGUUUCUGCCCCGUGAUUGCCAGCUCGCGUCAGGACCUGGAAAAGUUCCUAAAGCACCGCGGGCCUAAGCAUUAUGUCACCAGCAGGGCGUACAAGUAUGCCUGGGAGUUCUUUUACCGCCGGGAGAUGAUGGGCCUGCCGUUAAGGGGCGCUGGGCCGGAGAGGGAUAGUGAGUUGUUGCAGGCUUGGGCGGCCAAGCAGAAGACACCGGGCCAACCGGAGCAGACACAACAGACUGGGGGGAAACGACGGAGUACAGAUGACACUGAGGAUGUUGGGAAUGGAAACAAGAGACGGAAAGUGGGUGAUAAUUGA